AUGCGUGAAAUUGAAGUGAGGCUUGAUAUAUUUCUUAAUGUUUAUGAUCUGUACGGUUUCGUGUUGCUUGAAUUUGUUAAGGCACUUGAUUUACGUCUGAAGCUGCUGCUACUUUGUCGGACAUUAUCAUGUUUUAGGGCCUCUGGGAAGAGCAUUUUGAUCUUUCUGGGUGCAGGUGGACAGAACCAAGGCAGAUUUGCAAUCUACUUAACCCCACAACCUUUAGGUGGCCAAAUAAAAGAGGUAGUCUUGUGGAGGUGUGCGAGAGCUGCUUUGGUGUGGACUGUUUGGGAGGAAAGGAAUGCCAAAAUCUUCAAUGAUAAGGAGAGGGAUGAAAUGGAAAGGAAUUUGGUUCCACAAGAAACUGAAAAUGUUGAGGUCCAAAAUAAAAGAAUGGAACAAAGAUCACUUUGGGAGAAUAGAGGAGCAGAAGUCCACCUUAAAUUCCUGCAUCGAGGAAUUAGGCGAGAAGGAAUCUCAAGGAACCAUGAAAGAACAAAAGAGAGAGUUGAGGUGGUAGUUGAAGAAGGAGCUAGAAGAGGUCCUCUAUAGAGAGGAAAUUUCCUGGAGGCAAACAGGAUUCAUGUAGCUGACCCCACGUAGUUGGGAUAAGGCUUGGAUGAUGAUGAUGAUGAUUCUAUUAGUGUUUUUUCCUACUUUUUGAGUCAUAUUCUACUUUAUAAAGGGGCCAUUACAUGGUGUAAUGGUAAAACCUUGGUCUGCCUAGUGUGAGAGCAAGGGUUCAAGUCUGAGGGCGGCCACUUUAUGCUGCCAAAGGUUAGGACUACCUAGUCUACCCCUCCCAAGACCACAAAUAGCUGGAACCAACAUUGUGUAAUGGCCUUUUUUAUUCUAUUAGUUUAUUACUGUAGUUCAUGGCAAUUGUGUUGCUAAUUCAAAGUGAUCAAAAAAAAAAAAAAAAGAAAAACAGUGGUGCCAAUUGAAUAUAUUGUGAUCCUGAUUUCAAAAUCCAUUUACACCUUGUUAAAAGUGAACAUGGCCUACCAAGAGAAAUAAAGAUACACAUGUAACUCUUUUAGUGACUUUUGGAACUUAUGAGCCUAAGGGGCCAUAACAGCUGAAAUGGCUGAAUUUAAUGACUUACUGCUUUUAUUUUAGUGGAUAAAACAGUUGUAUAAUAAAAUAUUUAAGAGUACAAUACUCAACCCAACAUGCUUUUCAUUUUACAUAAUAUACAAAGAAAGGUUACCUGGGUGACCAGGGUUCAAAUCUUGGAAACAGCCUCUCUGUGUGUGCAGGGAUAGGGCUGCACGCAUCUAUCCCUCCCCAGACCCCACAUUGGCGGGAGCCUCAUGCCCGAGCUGCCAUUUUAUACAAAUAAAGGCCAUUACUCAAUAUUGGUCCCAGCUAUUUGGGUUCUUUGGACAGGUAGGCAAAAACCAAUAAAAGAAAAACACCACCAAUUAUUAUUAUUACUAUUAUUAUUAUUAUUAUUAUUAUUAUUAUUGUUAUUAUUAUUAUUAUUAUCCAUGUGCAAGUCAUGUAGCCAUGUACCCAUUGCUAGCAAGUAAAAAAAAAUGAGAAUACAUCACCAAGCCUACCCAGAUAGGGCAAGACAAUCCAAAACCCAUAUCAGGUACAAUGUGGGAAAUGGGGAUAAAAUAAAAUUCUGGACUGAUGUUUGGUGGGGUGACUCUACCUUGGCCACUUCCUUUCCUCGCCUCUACAGCCUUACCCAUAACCAAGAAUCUCACAUCUCUCUUGUAUUGUCCUCAUCCCCUUCUCAGUUCAACUAGAACCUAGACCUUAAAAGACCUUUGAGUAGGGCUGUUCACGGGUCGGGUUGGGUCGGUUUACUGGCG